GAGAUGGGCUCGCCGUCCGUUUCCUGCUGUAGUGAGGAGAGCGGCGUCGAGAGAGACUGGGAACACACAGCCACCUUAUAACACUCAUCACUUGUAUUAUACAAUGAAACUCUUACCGGCAUUGCCCUAUCUCGAUAUCCGCUUCUUCACUUCAAUAUUACUGGUGAUGGGCCUCUCUACCCCUGGGAAGGCAGAGAUCACCAGUCUUGACACAGGCAACAUUGAGGAAAUUCUCAAUAAUGCUGGGGUGGCAUUAGUCAACUUCUAUGCAGAUUGGUGUCGAUUCAGCCAAAUGCUCCAUCCCAUCUUUGAGGAGGCCUCCAACCUGGCCAGGGAGGAGUACCCUGACAUCACGCAGGUGGUCUUCGCCCGCGUUGACUGUGACCAACAUUCGGACAUCGCCCAGAGGUACCGUAUAUCAAAGUACCCGACACUGAAGUUGUUCCGUAAUGGAAUGAUGAUGAAGAGGGAGUAUAGGGGCCAGAGGUCGGUGGCGGCCAUCGCCGACUUCAUCCGCCAGCAGAAGGUGGACCCCAUCAAAGAGGUCAACUCCCUGGAGGAGCUGAAUAAAGUGGAUAGGAGCAAGAGAAACAUCAUAGGUUACUUUGAAACAAAGGACUCGGACGGCUACCACACAUUCGAGAAGGUGGCCAACAUCCUUCGAGACGACUGCGUGUUCUUUGCUGCCUUCGGUGAGGUGUCUCAGACGGAGCGCUUCAGCGGAGACAAUGUGAUCUUCAAGCCCGUGGGUGAGGCCGUCCCAGACAUGGUCUUCCUGGGCUCCUUACCUAGCUUUGACCUCAGCUACGCCUGGACCCAGGACAAGUGUGUCCCACUCGUCAGGGAAAUCACAUUUGAAAACGGAGAGGAACUGACAGAAGAAGGGAUCCCCUUCCUCAUCCUGUUCCACGUCAAGGAAGACACAGAGAGCUUGGAGCAAUUCCAACAGGAAGUGGCCCGCCAGCUAAUCAGUGAAAAAGGCUCUAUAAACUUCCUGCAUGCAGAUUGUGAAAAGUUCCGCCAUCCAUUGCUGCACAUCCAGAAGACCCCCGCCGAGUGUCCCGUCAUUGCCAUCGACUCCUUCAGACAUAUGUAUGUCUUCCCCGAGUUCAAAGACCUCAUGAUCCAUGGCAAGUUGAGACAGUUUGUGCUGGACCUCCACUCUGGGAAGCUACAUCGAGAGUUCCACCACGGACCUGACCCCACAGACAGCACGCCAGGACAGGAGGACAUGAUAGAAAUGGUGGCCAGCAACCCCCCAGAGAGCUCCUUCCAGAAGCUGGCCCCCAGCGAAACCCGCUACACCAUCCUAAGCAGGGACCGCGAUGAGCUGUGACCUCCACCCAGCGCAUCACACUGAUCUCUAGACUCCACGCCGCGCCCCAGGGCCAGGGAGGGGAGGGGAGGAGUGGGAGGGGGUCGGGACAGGCCAGCGGGACACAACAGCAACACCAAUACCCUUACUGAAGAAAUAGGAGGAGAUGGAGGAGUGCAGUCCAAGACACAGCUGUGUUGGGAUGACCUAUAUUUUCAUAACACUUACACGUACAAUUUUUAUUUGGAUAAACGGAGGGAGGGCGAUGUUAAGGCGGGCUUAGGACAUCAAAAAUGUGUUUUUACUUUUUUUUUGGCGCUUGUAAAUAUGUGUGUGCUACGUCGGCGUGUCUGUCAUCAUGGUCUAAAUUAAACGCAGAGUUUUCUUUAUUUUAUUUUUGUUUGUAAAAAAAUCAAACCAAGGUGGGCUCCCUCACUCCAGGUCUCUGGUUCAGUUCUGUGGGUUUUCCAGUACAGUCAGUACAGUGUGUCCUUGGCUUCAGAUUUCUACCCAAAUCCAUUUGUGUAGCGCAAUGUACAAUAACAUGUUAGUUUGAAGUAGCGACUUCUCUGUGAGUUCUCGUGCAUAUCGGCCUCUUAACACCGUAGAUAAUUUGACAAGAUAAUAAAAGACCUGUGACCCCAAUAAAAUAAGCUGGGGCGGCCUGUUGGCACUCACCCUGAAUGGUACUAAAUGGUUAUGGAUGGGGUCGUGUUUCCCUUGAAGUUCUGAAACAUGGCCCUGAAUUAUUGCAAUGUCUGGUUUAACCCGUCUUUGCUGAGAAGGGCUUCCCCCUCUCUCAUGUUUGACCCCAGCUACCAGACAGCUUCCUGAUGGGAGCACAAGGUCUGCAGCCUGGGAGGAUUUGAUUCUCACUUCUUCAUAGAAGGCUCCUCAUUUGAUUUCCCGCACACCGUUUGCAAGAUCCAGGCCCGUUUCAAUGGGCUGUGUUGUAGGGUAACUCGAGGCAUUGGGACAAAGUUGUUAGUUCGAUGCUGUGCACCUUUGCCUUCUUUUUAUUAUUUUUUUCCAACAGGCCCACGGCAGCCUGCAUGUUGAUGUAAACAAAGGGAGCGUUGGGGGAGAUAGGGGACGGUGAGCAACAUUUUUAAAAAUCAAGUCAUCACAUCAUGAGAGUAGCCGACUUGAAAAGAUUAAAUUAAAACCAUUUUACAAGAUA